AUGUUUGUCGCUCGGUGUGUAGUGCAAGCACUGCUGUCAUAGCAUUUCGUACUACAAUAAAAUAGGCACCGGCCAUCUUUUUCAAGAAGUGUCUGAUUAGAAUCCAACUUCAAAAUUAACCCCGUAAUUAAUGUCAGAGCCACAGUCAGCCUUGUUACUUAGAAAACAACUAGCAGAACUAAACAAAAACCCCGUCGAGGGUUUUUCUGCGGGACUCAUAGACGAUAACGAUAUUUACCGAUGGGAAGUACUUAUUAUUGGACCCCCUGACACAUUAUAUGAAGGGGGUUUCUUUAAAUGCCACCUCCACUUCCCUAAAGAAUAUCCACUUAGGCCGCCAAAUAUGAAAUUCGUCACAGAAAUUUGGCAUCCCAACAUUGAUAAAAACGGCUACGUGUGCAUAUCGAUCCUGCACGAACCUGGCGACGACAAAUUCGGCUACGAAAAAGCUUCAGAACGGUGGCUGCCAGUUCAUACUGUAGAGACUAUUUUAAUAUCCGUUAUUUCAAUGUUAGCCGAUCCCAACGACGAGUCGCCUGCCAACGUCGACGCCGCUAAAGAGUGGAGGGAGUCGUAUGCAGAAUUUAAACGAAAGGUCGCCAGAUGCGUUAGGAAAUCACAAGAGCAGGAGGAGUGUUAGUAGAACUAAAUCGUUUAUAUAACAAUAAACCGACAGAAAACAACAAAAAACGCGUAAUAAUUAAAAACAAAUUUAACAUAAAAAAACAAUCGCCAGGGGGCGAAGAGGCUGGUUUCCCCCUCCAGCUCGCGAUAUUAACGUCAAUAUUUAUUUAUGUGUUUUUUUUUCUUGGUAACUUAACCAAUCCCGGGAUUAUUGCAAAUUGUGUUUGGAAGCUGGUCCUCUGGACGUGUGUGCCCUCUAUUUUCAUGUCCGCUAUUGCCGAAUCGAGAUCUCUUUGAUGCAUCGUGAAAGUUUUUCGCGGACUCCGGUGAGGUUAUGUCCCGACAGUUCCUAAAUUUACUGACUAUCGGUAAAUUCGCAGUUUCUCUUCCAACUUUAGUCCCGGUUUUCAGCUUCUAUUCCCCAGGAGUAAUCUGUAACGUUAUAACAAAACACCUUGUAGAGUUCAGUGGAUAAUAACAUAACCUACUUUUACCUACCGCUAAAUACAAACGGAAGUUCCUAAAUGUGGUACCAACCUAAUUGAAAUCGGCCGGUAAUUUUAUAGGUUGCUUUCAUGCAGCCGCACCGUAUAGUUGGUCUGGGACACGAAAGUUGGAAAGAGACUUGGGUGAAUUUUUCAUAGGAAAUUGUUAUUUUAUGAUUAAUGUUUAAUAAUAUGUUUUGAGGGCACUGUAUGCCGUCAGUAUCCAUUUACUUCAACGAAAAUUAAGCCCGAACUGACAGGCGUGACCUUACGGGAGAACCCACGGUUAUAAUUUUGUUCCGCAAGGAAUCGUCGCUCUUACUUUUUGCACAUAAUCGUGUGACCUGCAGCGUGUUGUAGCUUUCCGUUUUCCUUUUAAGGUUAUGCGUUCUUCGAUUUUGGCGAGAUACUUUUUUUUGGGGUUUUAUGUGAAAAAAACUUCUUUUUCAUGAUUUCGAGUGUUUCCCGAAAAGGUCCCGGUAGACCGCGAACAUUUUGUAACGUAUCGUACCGAAAUGUAUUACGUAUUACCUUGCGUUCUCCUUGUCCGUAUGCGUGUGCAAAGUGUAAGAAUAUUUUUCUACGUUUCGUCAGUGGCGUUGCGAAGUUAUUGUGAAUUACAAAACGGUUUUUCUUUUUUGCGUUUCUCGAAAGUUUCAUUUCAAUUUGUCCUUUUUCAUUAUUAAGUUAAAUAUGAUGAAGCUGUUACAAUUCGCUCUUAGGAUCAAUGUAACAACGUAGGUUAUCAAUAAAUUUAAGUGAGUUUUAUUAUAAAA